AUGGCGGACCCAGACAAGAUCAAGCCGUAUGGCCUCUCCCAAAUCUACUGCUCCAAGGAGCCGCUGGUGGAUAUAGUCUUCGUUCACGGCCUCAACGGCCAUCCUUACCAUACCUGGAAGUCACAGUCGGGCGUCUUUUGGCCAGCAGAGCUUCUUCCCGAGGUCCUUGAACACGUCCGUAUCCUCACUUAUGGCUACAACGCCGAGGUAGCGGCUUUCAGAGAUGGCUCUUCUCGAGACCAUAUCCAUCACCACGCAGAGACGCUAGCCUCAGGCCUCGCGGCUAAUCGAAACCUUCGAAAAUGCUCUGAUCGUCCUAUCAUCUUCGUCUGCCAUUCGCUCGGGGGCCUCGUGGUCAAGCGCACACUGAUCCACUGUCGCAACGUCACAAACGAGAAGAUCGAGCACCUGCGAUCCAUCUUUGUGUCAACGUACGGGAUUCUCUUUCUGGGCACUCCGCACAACGGCUCCGACGUGGCUAAAUGGGGUUCGCUACUGCAGAACAUUUGCAGUGCGGUUCUGCCUAGGAAGAUUGUGGAGAGCUCUUCCCAGUUGAUCAGUGCGCUCAAGACAGACAAUGAGACCCUUCAAAACAUCAACAGUCUUUUCGCGGAAAUCCUACCCCGGUACCACAUCUAUUUCUUCCACGAGACUCGCUCGACCGAUAUCAAGGGAACCCGUCAACUCAUCGUGGAUGAGACUUCUGCUGCACCCUACAUCGAGGGAGUGGAACGCAUGGGUAUCGAGGCAGAUCACAGUAGCAUGUGCAAAUUUGACGAUGAGACUGCCCCCGGAUACGAGGCGGUCGCUGAGGCAAUACUGCGAUACUCUGAAGCUGCCCCUGCCCUCAUCGCGCAUCGAUGGCACGAGGAGGAGAGCACCCGAGAGAUGUGGAAGCAUUACAAGAUCGGCGAGCUUCGCGGUACAGCAGACAACACGACUGCUGGACCAGAGUAUAGAGAUGAACACAUCACGAGCCCUGCACAAAGUGCCCAGAUUGCAAGUGGUAGCGGUCUUAUCACUCAUCCCGAUUUUCCAAACGUUCACCCUAUCUCCCACGUAUCCCAAGUCGCGCAACAAAUACAGGUCCCGGUGGUCUAUGUGCCUCCCCCAGGAGGGCCGAGCGCUUCUGCGCCAGAUCCUACUUCAAGCACGGAGCUUCCAGCCCCAAGUGAGCGCGAGCCUUUCUUUAUAGUACCGCCAGGGUUUCAUCCGAACGCGACCUUUUAUGGCAUGGAAAAGGAACUUCGUUUGAUGCAUGAUCGUCUGUACAAGGCCAGAAAGCGCGCUGACCGUCUCACUGCCGUUCUUAUACACGGAGUGCCUGGUUCCGGAAAAACACAUUUAGCACGACAGUAUAUUUGGGACCAACGCAAGUGUUACCCUGGUGGCAUCUUCUGGGUAGAUGCCAAAUCACGCCAGUCGACUUACAAGUCCUACUGGGAGAUUGCUCAAGCGGCGUCCCUGGCGCCCGAUGACCAACAGUUUGAAGAGUCAGAGGCGACAGCACCACAGCAAUUUGUAUUCGAAGUUCGUGAUUGGUUUCAGGCCCGGGAGGAAUGGCUCUUGAUUUUCGAUGGCAUCGCCUUCGAUCAGGAUGAGGAUUUGAACCAUUUCAAGCAGAUCCUCCCCUUUAGGCCAAGGUCCAACAUUAUUUAUACCUCUAUCGAUAGAACGCUCGCAAGGAAGCAACGCCUUUUCGAACCGUACUGCCUGACAGUCCCGCCCCUUGAGGAGGAAGAUGCUUGCAAGCUUCUCUUCAAAGACAUUGGUGUCAAGAAUCCGGACCGCGCCCAAAAAAAGAAAGCAAUCGCUCUGGUCAAGCACUACGAGUGUCUCCCCUUGGCAAUCCAUGCGAUCAGUCAUCGCCUCAGUGCGACCGGGAAACCGAUCGUUAACUAUCAAAUUAACUCACACUUGACAGAUGAAAAACUCGCGGAACCUUUCUUGAGUAUUAUGCACGAUCUCUAUCGCAUGGAGCACUUCGCCGCGCUGAAUCUCAUCAACUUAUUGGCAUUCCUUGGUCACCAGGUUCCAGUCGGGUUGAUCAAUAUGGGACGAGGGGCUUUGGAAUCCUGGGAUGUCGAGGUUAUGACGAGCAGUAGACCUGGAGAUCGCCCGGAGAUUGAUGCCACACUGGGGACUCUGAUCCGGUAUGGACUCCUGGAAAGGACUGCCAAUUCACCUAAGCAGCAGCAGAGCUUUUCAUCACAAUCGGACGGAGACGAGAUACUCGAAUCGACAGUGCAGACACCGGCGUUGUCAGAGUCACAAACCGACAGCAAUGAGGAUGGAUCUCGAGAUUCGUACUUUGAGACAAAUCUGGGACCUGGUGCUAUUGAUGUCAUUAGGAUCCACAGCGUUGUACAGGGCUUCUGUCGGGAUGAGCUCAAGAUUAUGGAUAAGGAACAGGCGAGCCAGCCGUUAAUGGCUAGCAUCGCAAGCUUAGGACCUGGUUCUACGGGGUUCUAUGACUCGUGGCUUGUCGUCACCACGAGCAUGUUUUGUGCCUCGUACGAAAAGGCGAAGACCAGAAUGGUGGCCAUUGAUUAUGGCGGCAUGGUCAAAGACUAUCGGGAAUAUGAGACACAUGGCUCGCGAUUGCUGGAGCACUAUCCCAAGAAGGCCAGGAAGAUCUCCAAGGCGCCAGUAACCGUGCGUCAAGCUCACGAAGACCUGACCCGGGCCAUGGGGAAUAUCCGCGGCGAGCUUCGGCGCCUCUCACGCAGCUCGACACAGGUAGCGCCGCCAAAGCUCAAGUCCGUUUUUGAUCGCACGAGCAGCUCGUCUUCGUCUUUGCCCGACUCCUCUUCGAACGAAGAGAAUUCCCCGGAGCCAACGCUGGACUUGGGUGAAAUCAAACCCGCUCAUGUGGAGUCGCCACAGGAGAUGCCGUCUUCCUAUCAGUUGGAGCUCUUUCCGCCGCAUAUCUUUCGAGAACCCAGUCGUGACUAUGAAACCGAUGAUGAGAGCGAAGUCAAUAUGAAGAAGCCAAAGCGUGGUAAGCCGCUUUCGCAGAUGGUCCGGGAAGUACGUAGGCCUAGACCUGCCGCGCCCGUCCUCAGAGUCUUCCAGGUACAUGGACACAAUGUACCCAGCAACAACUCAGACAGGGGUCGAAGAGGCUCACAAGGGUCAGCAGCUGAAGCGCUUGCGGCUGUGCAUCAUGGAACACCCCCGUCGUCUCGUGAUAGUAAUGUGGACUUGGCUAUUACAUCUCCAUCAGGCGAAGAAAACAUACCAACCUACGCGACAACUGCGACAUCAAGGCGCACUAACGAGCUCAUUGAUGCGGCAAAACGUCGACCAUAUUCACCCCCCGCUGGACGUCCAGCCUCGAGGGCACCUGCCAGAUCAUCUGCAGAGUCCUUGGUCAGUCGAAGUAGCAAUAUCGCACCAUUCUCCCCUGACUUGCGAUCGGAGCGGAUGAGCCACUCUCUGUCAAGCGAGGCUGGCCCUGACCUGAUUGCGCAGCAUUUAGAAUCUUUGGAGAUGAAGGCGACGCAAGAGGCCCAGUUUCAACAGCUUCAUUCUUCUGCCACUUUGAGACCUCAUGAGCCCGCUGCCGACUUGUCCGGAAGCGUUUCCUCGAUUUUCGCCUAUGGAAACCAGUCAAUGCACAUCGAAGGAAACCCAGAGAUCAGGGAUUCCCGGCGCAUGAGUGGCCACUCCCGAUCGGGUCUUGUUGGACAAUCAGCCACCCAUCUGAUGUCUGUUCACCACCCGUCUGCGUUCAUGCCAGGAUCCUCUCCGCCCUCGAUGACCGACAUGAACAUGCCGGGCUACCACGCUAACGCGACGGACCCUGUCCCAGUCACUGCUGAACCAAUGUCGCGAGGACCAUCCGCAAACUCUCGCCAAUCCUGGACAACGGACCCAGUCCUCUACCCUCCGCCCGUGGUUCCUCACAUCCAACCAAAUACUGGAACGACAACGGCGCCCAUGCCCAUCAGCCCAUUCCCUCAAAUAGUCCCCGAGCAUCCAGCAGUCACCGGAAUGGGUGGCUGGAUAGGCGAACUACCACCACAGCCAGCGCCCAGUGCAGGUCUUCAUCCUGAUUCCGCCUACGCAUCCCCGCCGCCAGCACCACCGCUUGAGCCCACACCCGCGCCUGCAACUGCACAGGGGAUGUAUUUCGGGGGACAACCUGUGGAUUUAUCGGGGGCUAGACAUCGGUUAUUCGGGCAUGCUCCGGCUCCGGCUCCGGCUCCGUUCCCAUUUGCAUCGCCGGCAAAUAUCGCCACGUACCAGUUGUAUCAUCCGAAUCUGUCUACGCCGAUGAUCCCGCAGCCGGUUGAUAUGGGUCCACCGAGGGGUGUUCCCGCUAGGCGGGGACGGAGUGGGAGUGCGCCUGGAGAGGGAUGGGGGCAGUGA